AAGGUCUGGAGAGGAAGCCCAGGGCUACAGCACUAGUCAGACACACAGGAGGCCCUAGACUCAACUCCCAGCACCACAAACCAAGACCAGAAACAAAAGUAAAGGGCCCUUGCAGCAGGACAGCUGGGAGCCUGGGGCUCUGCCCACCCCACCUAUCUCCCUCUCAGCUUUCCAUACUGAACCUGCCCCAGCAUCAACAGUUCUAGUUCUCCUCUGCUGGGCCACAUGCUGGACUCCUGCGGCAGCUUAACAGAUGGGAGUUAAGAACAUCCUGUCCUCUCUCCUCCCAGCGCCUCCAACCUCAAAGAUUCCAUAAAUCCUAGCCACUGCUCCCUGACCCCACAGCAGCAACUCCAGCAUCAGUCUUCGGCAGCUGACUCUUAGAGCAGCAGUGCUGAGUGGGCUGGCUGCCUGUGCUCCUCCUUCUCCUGGCCGGGCCUGGGGACAGGGUUGGGCCCAGGCCUAGCUGGCAGCAUCACCGCUCGGGAUGUCUACUGAUAAAGGCCAGUGGGCACCCCCAGAGGGUGAGGAUGGAGUGUCCCAGAAGCUGCUGAGGAAGAGCAGGGAGUCGCCACUGGUGCCUGCAGGCCUGGCAGCCUGCCUGGGGGUGGCCGUAUACCGGAUCCACCGGCUGAAGGCUCGAGGCUCCACCAAGCUGUCCAUACACCUGAUUCACACACGCAUGGCUGCACAGGCGUGUGCCGUGGGUGCCAUCCUGCUAGGCACCGUGUACUCGAUGUACAGAAACUACAGCAAGAGGACGGCCCGGGACGCUGGGGAAGACUAAGGGCUUUGGCCCAUGACUGCCCAAUAAAGCAGCUCCUGAAA